AUGGCUGCCCCAGACGUCCCCCGCACGCCAUGGCAUACAGCUUACCCCGCUCCCACAUCCGAGGUCGAUGCUCUUCCCCGCCAGGAAUUGCUGCGCUGGAUCAAGGAGGGGAAGCUGCCUGGUAAGGAUUAUGUUUUGGUGGAUGUAAGGCGUAAUGAUUUCGAGGGUGGUACUAUUCGUGGUUCGGUGAAUCUGCCAGCUCAGAGUUUGUAUCCUACGCGCCCGGCGCUGUAUACUCUUUUCGCGAGUAGUGGCGUGAAACAUGUUAUUUGGUAUUGCGGUAAGACUUGGAUGAUUUCUUUGGAUCAGUCUCGGCCUGUGCGCGUCUAA